AUGGUCCAGGACCAAACAACAUGUAUAACUUACGAUUUUAUUGGAGGCGAAGAAGCUGACAGCUACUUCCAAUGGUUUGUGGAAACAGAGGGAGAGUUUGUGCAAGUUAAAAACGCAACCACAAAAGAAUUCACUCCAGGAAUCAAACAAAUUGGCCAAAUCAUUAAGUGUAUUGUUACUCCUGUAAAUAGUUAUGGAAAACGUGGAGAGCCUUGUGAGUUAGUCACUAGACCUGUUGUUCCCGCAUUGCCAGUAUUUGUCAAAGUAUCAGUGGAAAGUGACAAUUUUAUUGAAAAUGAUACGAUUACCAUUCAAACUGAGUACUAUGGAGGAAUUGAAGGGCAUUCCAUUUUUGAGUUCUUUAGAAUUGAUAACGAAGUUGAGGAGAAACUUGAAAAUGGAAAUAGAAAAGACUAUCGUGUUGGGCUGGCAGAUGUUGGAAAGGUUAUCAAAAUUUUAUGUACACCAGUUAGAGAUGAUGGAUGUAAGGGAGAGAUUGUUGAAGUUAAAACUCCCGUUAUCCAGGCUGGAAUUCCAACAAUCCACGACCCAAUUAUUGUCGGAAAUUUAGAAGUGGGAUCAAUUUUGUCUAUACAGUACCGAUAUGAGGGCGGCUUUGAAGGAGAUACUAUCAUUGAAUGGCGCAAAACCAAGCCUUUUACGUUGGAAGAGCUCUCCCGUAAUGAUAUUGUAGUGGAAGACGCAGAUUUUAGUAUUGUUAUGGAAGAACAAGAAUUAUCUCAUGUUAUAACAGCAGAGGAUGCAGGUUGCUUCUUUUCGAUUGAAGUUACUCCAGUAAGAAAUGACAUGGCAAAGGGGGAAGGCUUGCUUCUGUAUUCAACCUCACACGUUGCUAUUCCAAAACCAUCUUUGAUGAAUUGCAAAAUCGUCAUGAAUGAGCCAGAACUAACCGAAGGAUGCACUUUGAAAGGAAUGGCAGAUUAUUGCUCACCCAUCGAAGAGAAAGGCAGAAUGCAUCAAUGGUAUUCCAUUGACCCGGAAACAGGAAUCGAAUCAGAAAUUGAGGGUGCUAAUGCAGAAGCGUUCGUUGUACCUGAAUCACUUUUCGAGAAGAGGGUGAAGUACAGUUGUUACUCUAUUGACAAGUUUGGACAACGCACUGAGAGCGUGUACAGUGAGCCAACCAAUACUGUUUCGCCUUCGAAACCAGUUAUUAGUAACAUUAGCAUUUUGGGAAUUCUUGAAGAAUUCAGUACAGUACAUGUUGGAGAAAUUCAAGGCACCAACGUUGACACUCACAACAUGGUAUGUGAUUGGUAUAGGGUCAGUUCUGAAGAUACCAAUACGGAUGUAAAGGUUGCAACCGGAGUCAGCAGCUAUGAUAUCAAAACUGAAGACAUUGGAAAUCGUAUCAAAUUAGUUUUCACUCCUGUUAGACCUUUUCCUUACUCACAUGUUAGCGGUCCAAACUUUGUCCACUUCACUGAUAUCAUUGGACCUUCGAGACCCCACGGCUCUUGCUCGCUAAUGGGAUCGUUCAAGGAAGGUGAGACCAUUACUGCCUCAUUUGACUAUUCCGGAGGAAUUGAAGGCCAUUCAACGUACAUACUAUUAUGUCACGAUCCUUCAGAUGGCACAAAUACUACUAUAAGCGAAGGAAACACAUACAAUGGAUCUGUGUUUGUAGUGUGCACUAAAGAACAUGUUGGAAAACAAUUUAUUUUAGAAUAUUUGCCAAUAAGAGAUGAUGGAAUGGCUGGGGAUUUGGUAUCGUUCAAAAGUGGAGUCGUACUGCCUGGUGAGCCUACAGUUUCUGAUCUGAACAUUGAAUUUGUGAAGAACAAUACUAGGAUUUUAAUUCCAAUGGAGGACAGUCUUGUACGGGCAAGUAUCAAAUACUUUGGUGGAAAUGAGGGAAAGAGCCUUAAACGAUGGAAAAGAGUUGAUGGCGAUCUGCAUGAAGUUGUAGGUAUGGAUACGAUGGAAUAUCGUAUUUCAGUUAUGGAUAUCGGAAAACGAAUUGAAUUUGAAUAUACGCCAAUAAGAGAUGACGACGUCAAAGGGAGGCCCAAUCAACAAUUUCUGAACCUGUACAUGCUCAUCAUCCCUCUAUUACAAAUGUCUCUUUAUCAGGAAAUCCAUAUGUGUGCUCCAAACUAA